CGCCUGAAGGAAAAGAGACAACGGCCAGUGAGCACUGACGGCGAGAGGAGGGGCUCAGGGUAAGGGGUGGGUGUGUAAACCAACUGGAGAGAAUCUCAGUCCACAACUGAUCCGAGUCAGGGACCGCACUUGAUCUCCAAGGCAACCUCAAUCAGAAUUUUACCUUCAAUUCCACUUUAAUUCUAGUUCCAGUUCUCCUCUCACUCCCACCCCAGCCCUCAUGUAAUUCUAACCCAAAUCCUGCCUCCAGUUCCAAUUCUGUUCCAACCCCAAACCUAAUCUUAAUCCCAACCCCACUAACAACCCAAGCACAAAUAUCCAUUUUAAUCUCAAUUCCUGAAGUAUCCACACUAACCCUAACUCGUCCCUACCCAAUUGUGAUAUCCUGCCCUGACUCACCCAGUUUGGAUCUCCGGGUGCCCCAUGGCGACUAAUAUUGUGCUGGAGUGGCUGAAGAGCUUAAAGUUGUCCCAGUAUGGCGAAUCCUUUAUGGACAAUGGUUAUGAUGACCUGGAAGUUUGCAAGCAGAUUGGGGAGCCUGAUCUGGAUGCGAUUGGGGUUGAGGUCGCUGGGCACCGGAAACUCAUCAAGGCAGCUGUGGCACGACUCCGUGAGGAAGAGGAAGCUGGCACUGUUGUUUACUUCACUUUGGAACCACGGGCAACACCUCUUUGCCAGCCUUAUACCUACCCCAACCUGAAGGAAUAUCGACCCAGAAUGAGGACUGUGCUGUGGAGGGGAGCACAGAAAACCAGUAGGAAAGGGCUGAAUGACAUGACAUCCAACAGGCGAGCAGGCCUCAAGAAAAGGGUGAUUUACUCCAAGCUCAUACUGAAGAUCAAGAAUAAGCAACAACGGGGCAGCAAACAUCCUUAUGCUAAUAAAAAGGAUGGAUCACUGGGAAACAUUGAUGACCUGGCUCAGCAGUGCACUGAAUACUACAACACUUGCCUCAGUGAGGUGCCAGAACAGAUGGAAGAGCUGUGCACACAGAGAAUCUUGGAGGACCUUGAACUGGAAAGCUCUGUUGCCAAUUCACCAUCACCACAGCUGCUGCCUGAAUCUUCAGAAUCACGUGCCUUGGGGAGUGCAGUGUCAACACCGGAGAGCGAGAGAGAGCAUUUGAUUUGCAAGUCAAGCUCAGAGGAUGGAUCAAUUGGAAGUAGUGACUGCAAAAAGAAAAAUAAAUCCUUCUGGCAGGGAUUUCGGAAAUUACAGAAAGGGAAUGCAGUGCGGGAUUUGUGCAAAGGAGAUGAUGUUGGAUUUGUGGCCAGUGAGAUUACCAUGAGUGAUGAGGACCGCAUUGAACUGAUGAUGAUGGUCAAAGAAAAGAUGAUCACGAUAGAGGAGGCACUUGCUAAGGACAUCUUUCAAACUCUCAGAAUACAGCCAAUGGAGUGCUUGCUCAAAGAAUAUGAAUGCCAUAGCAGGCUGUCAUUGAGCAUGGAUUCAACUCAAUCAGCAGGUGGAGCCAAUGAGCCAUGGGAUGAGUCUUCAGAUGGUGGUAUAUGGGAGCAGCUAGAUGAUGAUGUUCAUGAGGUGAAGUUCAAGAGGUUCCACAAGUUAGUUUCUUCAAAACGUAGAUCAAAAAAGAAACUGAUUAAAGUGGAUGAAAUGAAGACUUCAUCGACUGGAGAAAACACUUGUGAUGGGACAUGCGACAAACAGUUGGACCCGAUACACGAUGAAAGAUCAGUGAAUUACAUGGGGUCGAAGGCCGUCAGAAAGCAGCUGUACUCAAACAAAACAUUACAGAGACAGUCUGUGGAAGAUCCUGCACCCUUGAUGGCUGUUUGCCGAUCCCCAUCUUCCAGCAGUCUGGAAGGCCGGAUGGGGAAGAGGUUCGUCAAACCUUUUAACACAACUGCUGAACACUGCAUCACCAGGGUUCCGAAGAAAUCUGGAAAAACAUCCUCUGACUCGGAAUACGGAGAAGACAAGUUGCACAAGAUAUCCCGCUCACUGACUGACAGUGAGGUGGGUAAGGGACUUGCUGCUCGGGAUCAUGGGUACAUUGGUAAAGAAGGGAUGAGUAAUGAGAAAGUGAACACAGCAAAAUCCCCCACAAAUUCACGGAAAUCACUGAGCAGGAAGGUCAAAUCGGUGAAAGAGACGGUGAGGAGAAAGAUUACGAAGACGUACAGUGGUACUACACCUCCCCAGUUUCCUUCCGAAGGAGUGGUGUCCACUGUUCAGACUGCAGAUCCAACAGAUAAGUCUGUCCAACCAGACAGACCCAAGCUAACUGGUGGUGGCUCAGUGGAGAGUCUGCGGAGCUCCUUGAGCGGGCAGAGUUCAAUGAGUGGUCAGACAGUGAGUACCACAGAUUCAUCAGCCAGUAAUAGAGAGAGUGUGAAAUCAGAAGAUGGUGAGGAUGAAGAGUCCGCCUAUCAGGGACCGUUUUGUGGCCGAGCUCAGGUCCACACUGAUUUUAUUCCAAGUCCGUACGAUACAGAUUCAUUGAAACUUAAGAAGGGAGAUAUUAUAGAUAUAAUCAGCAAACCACCAGGAGGAACCUGGAUGGGUCUGUUGAACAAUAAGGUUGGAACAUUCAAAUUCAUCUAUGUGGAUAUUGUGAAUAAUGAAGUGGAGAAACCAAAACGGCCAAAGAGACGGAGACGGGGCAUCAAACACCCAAAACCCCAAAACGUUCAGGAUCUCCUUCAGCGCAUUGGUCUGCAGCAGCACAUGCCAACUCUACUGCUGAAUGGAUACGAGGAUUUGGACACAUUUAAGCUGCUGCAAGAGGAGGACCUGGAUGAACUCAACAUUCUGGAACCACAGCACAGAUCCCAGCUGCUGACAGCUGUUGAUUUCCUGCAUGAUUAUGACAGCAACAGUGACAAAGAUCCAGCUGGUGAAUGUGCCACUCAGGAAAUUUUACCCCACUUUUCCCUUAAGCACACUGGUCCAGAACCGCAAAGACAACUUCCUUGGGAUUCAGGUUGCUUUGAGGAGAGUGGAUACCCAGAGAGUGGAAAAAGCAGAAAGUCUUGGCCAUUAGUGUCCACAGGAUCAUCAGCAAACGUUGGGUCACGGCUCAAGUGCCCAGCAAGCUACACGGCACUUCAUCUCGCAAAAUCUAUUGAGAAUUUACACUUUGAAAGAGACAAAGAGAGGCGUGUUACUGAGCCUCAGGUCUCAUGUGGUUCUCUAAAGUCAAACUACAGACAUUUUGACUGCCACGGCCAUUCAAUGCCCUUCAGAAGGACAAGUUGCCAAAAGUUGUGGGUCAGCGUAAGUUGUGAGGACCUGACACACUCCCAUGCCAUUCAAAAGCCGUGGCAAAAAUCCCGCUCUUCAGAUGAGCUGUGCAGCAAGGCUGAUGUCCCAUCAAACACAGUCUCAAAAAUGGGGACACUUGUUGCUCUGCCUUGGCAAAGGAAGUUUGGCGCAGAAGCGAAAAUCGAGAAAAUUUCCUGUAUGAAGCAUCUCAGCUGUGGUGUAAGGGAUCUCAGCAAACCAAGUACUGUUGCUUUUGUAAAUGCAGAGACUCACAAUGCACAGAUCAAUACUAAUGGUCUUCAAAACAUGCAAACAGAGGACCCGAUCUCCACCCCACUUCUGUUUUCAGAAGAGAAGAACAUGCCAUCUCCAAUUCUGCAGUGUGACCUCCCCAAUCAACCUGCAAUACUCCCACCUCUGAGCAUUCAGAAAAGCCAUCAUUUUACGGAGGGGUAUCGCAAUAGUAGUUCAACAGAAAGCAAGCGACCUACAACUGAAAACAUUAGCCAUGCCAGAAAUCCUUCCCAGCCACCUCCAGUACCUGCCAAGAAAUGCAGAGAGAAAAUGCGAAAUGGCAUCCAUCCUAUGCCUCAUAUUUUGAACAAAUCAAACCCUGCCAUUGCCAAUAGGUAUGGACUGUCCACUAACUUGCAAGUUCCACAUUCCCCUGCAGAGAUGGUCAACUCAACUGUAGCCACUCAUGCCCCUUGUUUGCCAGAGACUGCACUGCCAGGGACUGCCUGCCCACCACAGCUAGGACUAAAGAUGUUUACUGUAUCUGGAAGAAAGGCAUCUUGGAUGAGAGAAGUAGAACUGGAAAUGCUAAUCGAAAAUAAACUGGAAUCAGAAGCAGUUGAUCUUACAGAGCAACCCUACUCUGACAAGCAUGGCCGAUGUGGGAUUCCGACAGUCCUGAUACAGAGGUAUGCAGAAGACCUAGGACGUGCUGUAGAGCAUGUGGCUGCCACCAUGGAGCUUGUGAGAGUUAGAGAGCUCCGGAAGCAGCAUCGAAUGGCAAUUCCAAGUUCCUUGGAUAAGAUGAGCAGAAAUUCUACAGCCCUAGAAAUAUCUAAUGAGCCUUCAAGGAGCUGAUCUCCAUAGAACUGCCAUGUGGAUCAUUAAAUCCUCAGCACCUCUGCGUCAGUUAGAGGAGUCAUUUACAGAGUACCUGUUAUGUGCACUGUGUGUCCUUCAUUAUUUCAUCUGUUUCUGUGACAGACUUGAUACUGCAGAAGUUGUUGAUAAAGCAACAGUUUGAUAUUCAAAAAGUAGGCACAGGAAGCAGAGUUGAGUUAAAAGGCUGGCCAUAAACUUGCUCAUGGUAGGUUGGUAGUUCUCUUAGCUGGGAAAACCAAGUUUCCACCAAUUUCAUAGCACUGAGGAAAUUGCCAGCAUUUAGUUCAGACUAAGUCACAUUCAAUCCUAGAUUCAAGAAAUUAGCCACCGCAGUUUCAAAUAAUCAAGUAUAGUUUUGAGUCCUAUGCCCAGAUUGUACAAAACACAGUCGUUGAAGUGCAGGUGAGUCAAUUCUCGACUCAUACUUGGUGUUUGAAGGUCUCCUUCAUUGUCUAAUCUAGACCAUACUCUGUGUGAAAAUCUCUCUCACUCCCUAGGUUAUUAUCUGACAGCACUUGCUUUACAUCAUGCAACAGACAUCACAAAUUCAAAAUAUCUUAGAAGUAAAAAUGUGUCAUAACUCUGAAGCUUAAAAUAUGCCCAUUUAAUGUUUUGUGAUGAUACCAGGUUAUUGGGUGCCGUUGUCAGUUUUGGGCCUGUCUGUAUCAUGUCAAUACUCUUUUGUAUGUUGCCUUAUGAUUGCAGUGAAACUUGAAUCUUGUAAAGUAGUAAAGGACUUAGGGUGAUCCAGAAAUAAUUCUUUAUGUUCCAAUAUGUUCAUGUAUUUUUGAGGUCGAGGAAACGUUUAUCUUGUAAAAUUGUAGAAACUACAGUACAGCAACAGCUCAUUUGCCCUCAUAGCUGCUGUAUUAGAUGUGAAACUGGAGUUCCAUCCUGCAAAUCUGUAUCCCAACAAUUUGCUCGCUGUUGUUGACCACAAAUGCCAGGAAUCUUACUCUGGUUAAAGAAGAAUUCUUUUCUGCUGUGUCUUUGGUUCCAGUGUUAAUUUCCUUCAAUUAGAACAGGUUGGAAUUUGUUCUGUUAGGCCUUUCAAAAGCAGAUGGGAAUUAGCACAAGGGAAUGUCAUUCCCAUGUGGUCAGCAUAAACUCCUUCGAACAUGAGGUAACAAUUGCCCCAUGCCCCACCUCCCACCAUGAACGGGGUUUGGUGCCUUCACUGACCAGAAUCUCUACUUAUUGCAACUCCAGCAGAAAGUAGGUUAUGUCCCAACUCCCAGUAUCUUUCCCCCGAUCCAUAGAUCCACAUACCAACCACACUACUUGUAACAGAUACCAUAACUUCAGAUCCUGGAUAUUUCACUAAUGUAAUAACACAGUCCUAUUGUUCGAUGUACAAGAGUUCUGUAUAACUAACUCAGAUUCUUUAAUUAUUACAUCAUCUUUCCCCACGUAGCAUUUUAAUGAUACUGGAAGCUCUAUUGUGUCAAUUGCAGUGUUUUUUAAUAUAAGCUUCUGAUUCUCCUUUUCGCUUUAAUGUUACUUAAGAACUGGAUCAUGUGUCAUGGACAUCUGGUCGAAGUGUAAGACUCAUCAUAAAUAUUGAUAGCAAAUUGAAAAUAUUGAAAAGCAGCACAAAAUUAAACUGAUGCACUUUGUGUAUUUGAGAAUAUUUAAAUAACUUAUUAUAUGUUUCCCUAACAAUGUAAGUAACUAUAACAUACUGGUUGCAAAACAUGCUUAUAAAGUGUAGUCAAUCGAAGGUAUACCUUAUUAAUGUGAGGUAUUUUUGUGUAAAUAUUCUUAUCUGUUCCAUUUAGCAGAAUAAUAUUGAAAUGUUUUUCAA